AUGUACAGUGAGUCAUGCCUAGAUUUCAUUGCUGCGAAACCCCAUGGCAUCUUGUGUAUCCUGGAUGACCAGACUUCACUGACUCAGUGGCUUUUCGGCCUACUGAAUAUGUUGCAGCAGCAGGAAACAAGUUUGUCAUCUCCUUAACAGGCCACUGACCACACUUUCCUCCAGAAGUGUCAUUACCAUCACGGAAACAGCCCUUGGUAUGCCAAGCCCAAGCUGCCUUUGCCAGUCUUCACUGUGAAGCACUAUGCAGGCUCUGUCACCUACCAGGUCCACAAGUUUCUUAAUAAAAACCGUGACCAGCUGCGUCCAGAGGUGCUGGAUAUCUUUUCUCAGAGCCGCCUCAAGGUGGUGUCUCACAUUUUCCAGAAGGCUAAAGCUGCCUACAGUCAGCAAAGGGAGCUGGGGGCCAGAGGCAAAGGGCUGAAGCCUCAGGCCUCCACACUGGUGUCCAAAUUCCAGCAGUCUUUGCAGGACCUCACAGCCAAGCUGAGAAGGAGCCAUGCUUUCUUCAUUCGGUGCAUCACUCCUAAUCCCAAAAAGCUGUCAAAUAUCUUUGAUGUGGAUUAUGUCGCUUGUCAGCUGCGGCAUUCUGGGAUACUGGAGGCCAUCCACAUUAGAAAAGAGGGAUACCCAGUCCGUCUUCCAUUCCAGAACUUCCUAGCCAGGUAUGGCCUCCUGGCUGGGCGAGGGAACAACUGCUUGGAGGAGAGAGAAGGCUGCGCAGCAGUGCUGUCUCAUGUGGUGGGGAACCCCUCAGAUCUCUAUCAGAUUGGAGUAACAAAGGUCUUUCUGAAGGAGAAGGCCAGGCAGCUUCUGGAGAGACGAUGGAACCAGAGGCAGAGUUGGGCCAUUGUUACUCUGCAAAGGAACUUCAGAUGCCUCCUUCGCCGCAGACGCUUCCGUGUCCUCCAGGAGAAAGUCACAAUCAUUCAGGCUCACUUCCGAGGGUACCAGGCAAGGAAGCGUUACAGGAGGCUGAAGAAGGCUUUGGUGCAAUUUAAUACCAUGAUUUUAAUCUCCAGACCUUUGAUUCAAAGGAGGAAGCACUGCCAGGAUGUGGGGCUGCUGGAGAUCCCUGCGGAGCUUGCUGCCCUCCUGCAGUUAGCUGAAGGUCAAUACCGAGCACAGGCCAACCAGAUAACUGAGGCAUUGCCUCCAGAAGUCAGGGUCAAAGAUGACCUUUCCCUCCCACCCACCAUCAACAGCUAUCCUUUCUCCUCCUUCAUUAAGUCAUACUUCCAGAAGACAGAUUUCCCUGCCCCUGGUCAGCCUCUGCAGCACCCCUUGACCCAUCUGGAUGCUGAAGACCAUGAGAGCGCACUUGAGAUCAACAAACUGAUUUUGCGGUUCAUUGGUGACAAGAAUCUCCAUGGCUGGCAGGAGGUACUUCUGGGCAACUACAUUGCUGGGAGAGGUUUGAAUAACGUGGCUCUGCGCAACGAAAUCUUCAGUCAGGUGGUUGCCCAGACAUGGAAGAACCCAGACGUGGAGCACAGCCAGCGAGCUUGGGUCCUGAUGGUGACUUUGCUGAGCUGCUUUGCCCCUUCACCAGCACUGGAGAAGCCGUUGCUGAAAUUUGUGUCAGAUUACGGCAUGGAGGGCUACAAUGCUGUUUGCCAGCGCAAGAUCUUGACAGCAGCACAGCACACAGAGGUAGACUCUACGUUGUCUCGGGCCUACCCUCCCACUCAGCUGGAGUGGAUUGCAAACCAGAGGAGAGGGAAGAUGGUUCUGGAUGUUCAUACCUUUAACGAGGAGAAGUUCUCAGCUGAGGUGGAGUCCUGGAUGACUGGGGAGCAGUAUGCAGGCUGGCUUCUGAGUGCAAGGGGCUGUGAUAAGAAGUCUCGAGGGUGGUCUGUCUCCAUGUUUACUGGCAACACGUGGCAGGACCUGCUGGGCUGUGACUUUGUGCUGGACCUCAUUGGAGAGAUGGAGGACACCAGCAACCUCGGCAGCCCCUCUCAGUCCUCAGCUGGGUACCCCAUCAGUCCUGAAAGGGAGAGAAGCUUCUUCCAGAACUCUGACCUGGAUUCGAUCCCUCCUGCUCCAGGCAUCCGGGCUCCUACCUUCCCACCACCUAGCCUGCCUCCAGAAUUCAACAAUCUCCACCCAGAUCCAAGAUUCAGAGAUGACCCGAGGACCCCUGUAGGCUUGGAUGACUACGUGGAUGAUCUCUUCAGCACUGUGCUGCAUCAAGGCUCCAGAGUAUCAGAUAUGGAAAACAGGGAGAGUCUGACUGGACACAUGAAAGGGGGUGGGAAGAUUGGACCCACACAGAGAGGAAUCUUUCCUUCUGCAGGCUUCUCUGGGGUGACUCAAGCGCCAGUUUACCAGCCCAUGUCUUCGAUGAUGGGGAUGCCAGCAGCCAUGCCUAUGAUGCCGGCGGCUGGCGGGAUUGCGCCUAUGCAAGCCAUGGUUAUGCCCCAGCCUGUGGUUCCAGCUGUAGAUCCCAAUCAGUUAGCAGCACAACAGCAAGCCUUUAUCAGCCAGCAAGCCAUGCUCAUGGCCCAGCAGAUGACCCUUCAAGCCAUGAGCAUUUCUCAGCAGCAGCAGCAACAGCAGCGGUGGCAACAGUCUCUUGAGAACUCAAGGCUAAGAGUCUCAAGUCCACCACAAGCCCAAGCCUCGGCUCCAGCCCCAGUCCCAGCCACUUCCCCAAAACCCAAGAAGCCUCCCAGCAGCCAGAAUGCUGCACCACCACCAAAGGCUCCAGAACCGCCAGCGAAGGCAGAAGAACCGGUUUAUGACUACACGGAAGACCAGUUCUCUAACAGUGAAGAUGAUGACUAUGCUCCGGAAACUUUCCAGCAGAAGAGAGAAUAUUUUCAGAAGAUGGCUCCUGCUCCCCCUUUGCCGCCUCCUGAGCCAAAGCCAAAAAAGCAGACACCAAAAGCGAAGAAGGAGCCACCUGUAGUGAAGCCUUCGGGCCCCGAGUUGCGGCCUGCACCCAGCCGGGAGAUCCGCAACAUCAUCAAAAUGUACCAGAGCAGGCCAGCCCCCGAGCCCCAGCCUAUUGAGCCUGUCAGGAAAGUGGCCAAGCCAUUUAUGAAGAAGAACGAUCCCAAAAAUGAGGCUCUGGCCAAGCUGGGAAUGAUGAACCUCCAGUCUCCCAAAUCGCCAUCCCCCCUGCCACAAGAGAAGAAAAUACCUCCACCUCUCAAGCCCAAGCCAGGCUCAGCUUCCAGCUCUAUCAAGAAGGAGUUGCCUCUCCCCCUCAGCCAGCAGAACUCUACUGUAACAGUAGCAGAAGAUGACGGUAUCAAGACCCAGCUGUAUAAGCUCACUGACAGUGUCAGCUUUUCCUAUGACAACCCUGCCUGGAAAAUCUUUUUGCGCAAAGAGGUGUUUUACCCCAAAGAAAAUUUCAGUCACCCUUAUUGUCUGAACUUGCUGUGUGAACAGAUCAUGCGUGACACCUUCUCUGACUCCUGCCUUCGGAUCUCCAAGGAGGAGAAGCGCAAGAUGAAAGACCUGCUGAUGGAGUUCCGGGUCGGCAACGAUGUCCAGUCCAUUCAGGAGGAAGGGAUAAAGAAGAGGAUUGUAGUGGCUGCUCGGGAUAACUGGGCUAACUAUUUCUCCCGCCUUUUCCCAGUUCAUAGUGAAAAUGGAAGUGAUGUCCAGAUCCUGGGUGUUUCUCACCGGGGCAUCCGGCUGCUGAAGGUGGUGAAAGCAGCUGGCUAUAAUCCUGAGCACCUGAAGAGUCUUUGCAGCUACAGCUUUGCAGAUGUGCUGUCAGUGGAACUGAAGGGCAGCAAUGCCCUGGAGUUCUCUCUGAAGACAGAGCAGCUCUUCCUGCACUCUCCAAAGGCUCCGUGCAUCAAGGCCAUGGUGGAACUCUUCAUCCAGGAGCUGAGGCAGGAUACCAACUACGUCGUUGCUCUGCGCAGCCACAUCACGGAUGACAAGAGCCUUCUUAGCUUCAAGAAGGGUGACCUCAUCAAGUUACUGCCCAUGCAAGGCGUGGAGCCAGGGUGGCAGUUUGGCUCCACUGGUGGCCGCUGUGGUAUUUUCCCCACCAGCUUGGUGCAACUGGCUGCAGCCCCUGAUUACCUCAGCACCAGCAUGGACAGAUGUGGAGGGCUGCGCAAGAGCAUGAAAGCUUCCUCGGAGAGUAGGAACACCAGCAGGGAGAGUUCUGUUCCCAGCCUGACAUCAGAUCCCGACAGCACCAUGUUAGUCCCUGCUGGCGAUCAUUAUACCAUGAUGGACUUUGCCACAGCCUACUUCCGAGAGGCUCAGUCCAUGCAGGGACUGAAGGGGAUGUCUGCUGAAAAGAAGAAUGCAGCUGACCUGGUCCAGCACACCAAGGUCCCAAUCCAGGAGUCUUUGCUCUACUACUCCGACAGUGAGCUGAAUGAGCUUGCUACAAAGAACUUCAAGACUGUGAUGCGACUCAUGGGAGAUCAAUCAAAACUCAAGAACCAGAAUGAGGUUGAGUGCAUCUAUGAAAUCCUUCAGCUGUGCAAGGAGAAGGAAAAUUUGCAUGAUGAGGUCUACUGCCAGGUCAUCAAACAGGUCACCCUCAACCCUAACCAGGAGAGUGUGCUGCGUGGUUGGUUGCUCCUCAACCUGCUAACUGGGUACUUCCUCCCUUCUAAAGUUCUGAUGCCCUAUGCCACCAAGUUCCUGCAGCUAGCCAGCAGUGAUCCAUCUAGCACCCACCACGAUAUAGCCAAGAUCUGUCAGAGCAACCUGCGGAAAAAUUUCAUGUACGGGGGCCGUCGCCACCUUCCUUUCCCUGUGGAGCUGGAGGCAUUGCUGGUGGCCAAGGAGGUCUUGCAGGAGAUCUGUGAGCAGAUGGGGGCAGGCGAACAGGAAGAGAUGCAGGAAUUUGUUCUCUUUGCCAUCAGGAGCGACAGCAAUAAUCUCGAUAAAAUGGUGAGGCCGAUAAGACCGGAGGAGUAUCUUCAUGAUUAUCUGCUGGAGGACAAGUUGGUCACUGUGACUUUACGCAGGCUCAUCUGGAGGACACCUCUGCACUUUGAGAACAAAAUUUAUACUGAUGUUCAUUACGGACAGCUGGGCAGGGGUGAAUUAGUAUCUGCUUGUUGGCACAGGGAAGAGCUGAAGGAGUACACGCCAAAGGCCCUGCAGUCCUCCAUCAGCCCCCAGGCUCUGCAGAACCAUGUUGGCAUGCUGCUGAGAACCAGGCAGCCCCUCCAGCCAGUGGAUGCAAAAAUCCAGUUCAUAGAGCACAUGAUGAAAUUGCCUUUCUUUGGCUACAACACCUACUUUGUCGAGAGAGUCAGCGAUGACACAAUCUGUGUGCCCUGUUUCUUUGGCGUGAAUAAAGAAGAGAUCAUUGUGGUGGAUGGCACCACGCUGGCGGUCUCCUGCGUCAUUCCACUGAAAGAGCUGCAGAAGAUGCGAACCCUGCGGCCUAACUCUGACGGCGGGCUUCCCGGCAUAGAGCUGAGCUAUGGCUCACCUGCCAGCCCCAAGUCUAUGUGGCUUGAACUGUCACAGGCUAAAGAAAUGUAUCACACGAUUGUUGCCAUCCUGAAUAAAACAGAGCUGCACCACUAA